AUGUAGAUGAGUGUGUUCGCUGUCAGUGGUGGAUGUUACCUUGGUCGUGUCAAAAUGGCGGAGAAUAUGUCUCUGUUGGGUCUAGAGGACGAGUUGACUUGCAGCAUCUGUUUAUGUCUAUUCGAGAACCCGGUGAGUUUAAUCUGUGGACACAGUUUCUGCGCCAACUGUCUGGAAGCGACAUGGAAUGAAAGGGUAUCAUCUCUGUCCUGCCCUCAGUGUCGAAUGGUGUUCCCCAGUAAACCUGAACUAAAGAAGAACACCGUCCUCAGUGCGGUGCUUGAUGCCUAUAGAAUUAAAGCGGGUGUUUCUGAACCCGUCAAGGAACAUUUUGAGGUGAAGAAGAAAGAUCCAAAUGCGAUCAAAUGUGACAACUGCAUGGAAGCAAAAGCCGUCAAAACAUGUCUGACAUGUAUGGCCUCUUAUUGUGAGGAUCAUGUCAGGCCUCACCGAGAGAAUGCCAUUUUUCGGGCCCAUCAACUGUCUGAUCCACUGCCAGAUCUGAUGGAGCGGCUCUGUUCACAUCAUGGUAAACUGAUGGAGUUCUACUGCAGUCAGCACCAGAGUUGCAUUUGCAGUACCUGUCUACAGGACAUGCAUAAAGGCUGUGAGUUUAUCACGACAGACGAGCGGCGCUUCAAACAAAAGACUGACCUGACUGACAAGCUCAACAUCCUCGAAGUCAAAACCGACAAGAAUCAGCAGGUUAUAAUACAGAUGAAGGAGCAACAAAACAAAUUAAAGGACUUGGCUGUUACCCGCAAACGUAUUCUUGAGGCUGAAUACAGGCAGAUUAGAGAAAUGAUUGACCGAGAUGAAAAAGAAGCCAUGCUUGCUAUCGAUAAGGAACAGGAGAAAGGUCAGAGCAAACUGGUCUCCUUGAUGAAGAAAUUUAAUGAGAACAUCGAGAAGAUGAGUAGGACCAAAUCUGAGAUCAACAGUCUGCUGGACCAGUCGCAGUCACUAGAAUUCUUAAAGGUCUCAGUGGAUUUGCCCUCAGUGGUAAAUUUUGAGCCCUAUAACCCUCGCAUUAAUGUGGAAGGUAAAGAGGUGAUCGCUUAUCAUUCCUCUGCAGUUGCACUGAAGGAGUGGAUCACCAAAAUAAUGGAUCAUCCAUUAGAAAACAGAAUCUCUGUACUUAAACCAGAGUUUGGGAAAUCUGUUCUUGGUGCAGGAAACCAGUUCCCAGGAAUCCUAAGUGAGACUCCUGCUGUUCUGCCAAAUCCAAGAGAUAUGUCACAUAUGAGAAUUACCAGUCCAGAUCGUGGUCCCAAACCCAAGUUUUCAGGAGCGAAACAGAAAAUUUCAAGCAAGAGUGCUAAUAAAGAUCAAAAGGAUCACAAAGAGCGUAAAGACCAGAAGCCAAACAAAUCUAGGAAUCCCUCUAAAGGAGAAAAUCCUCUUUUCUCCAAAAGCAUGGAAAAUUUGCUUGACACUGCAGCUAAAACUGUUGACAUACCUGACAUAAAUUCACCUGCUAGUUCACCAGCUCUGCAAAACUCCGUUAAAAGAAGUGACCUCCUUAAAUAUGGCACUAUCCUCAAUUUUGACUUCAGAACAGCUCACAAGCGGAUCUCACUGUCUGAAAACAACACCAAAGCGACAGUCUCGGACGAAACGGCUCACUAUCCAGAUAUUCCCCUUCGCUUUUCUGUCUGUUCCCAGGUGCUCUGCACAAAGGGUUUCUCUCAGGGCCGUCAUUAUUGGGAGAUCAAAAUGAGCAGUAACAACUUCUGCGGAUUGGGACUUGCAUAUGGAAGAAUCGACCGCAAGGGUCCCUCUAGCCGUCUGGGGCGUAAUGCAGACUCCUGGUGUGUGGAGUGGUUUAACAUCAAGCUUUCUGCAUGGCACAACAGCGUCGAGACGGUGCUGCAGAAUCCCAACCCCAGCCGUGUGGGUGUCUUGCUGGACUGUGAUCAGGGAAGUGCAACAUUCUAUAAUGUGCAGGACCGGGCCUACCCCUUCCACACAUUUGUCUUUCCUUUCACUGAAGCUGUAUAUCCAGCAUUCUGGAUCUUCUCAAAUGGUUCUUCUGUCUCUUUGUGCAAGCUCAGCAACUGAAAGUAUAUAUAUGUUUAUUUUAAUGUAUUGAUGUUUUGUUUAUCUUUGGAACACAAAUGAAGAUAUUUUUUUUUUAUAUUCUCUCAUUUUUUUGUCCAUGGAGUAAACGUCCACACAACCUGAAUGUUCAAGCUUCAUGUUUAAUGAAAUCAUUAAAGCAUUUUCAAUGGAUGGGCAAAAAUAAUUAUGGUAUAUUAAAAAUAUCUUCAUUUUGUUUUCGAAGAUGAACAAAAAUGGGAAGACAGGAGCAUGAGUAAAAUAUGACAGUAUAUUUAUUUAUGUGGUUUAAACUAGUCAGGUUUGGUGCAAAUAAUCUUUUUUUAAUUCUAAAUUAGAUGUGUUGUGAUUGUAAAGAAUGCAUAAAGCAGUCUUUUUAAUCUUUGCAUGUCCAGUAAUGUCUUUUAAUGUUGACCAAAAAAAUUAUUAAUAAAAUUAGACUGAUGGAAGGAUGGUGUAAAGGCUAAAGUAGACCAACUCUCAUUAAAAGAACUCAACAAAGUAAAGAGGUUUGAAUUGCAUUUGCAAUAACAACUUAUCCUAUUAUAUGGCUGCUUACCAAAUAAAAGGAAAUUAAAUAUUGUUUUAGGCUGAGAUGAUUAAAGUGUGAAGAACAAGACUGCAGAGUGAUACAAGAGACACUAGCACAGCUAUUACAGAGAGCGGUUGUAUUGUUCCAGAAAGCAGAACAUACAUAGUACUUAUGAGAUUUGCAAAUGAGACAUUAUUUAAUCUUACUUCGUGUUAAUCUUAUGUGUAGUUCUGUCAAACCAACAAGGGUUAAAUGUGUGUUAAAAAUGAAACAUUCAACACCAGUAGCCAUGUAUAUAUGUAAAUCAAACUGUAUAUAUUUUCAUGUGUAUAUAUAAAAGAUGUAUGUUGUGUUAUCAGAAACAAAUCUAAAACAAAAUAAUCCAGUUUAAUGUUGCCGUAAUGUUGCAUGUUGCAGUGUCUAAAAAAUAGCUCAGAAAGUUUAGUAAGGCAUUUAUUGUUUGCUUUAUGUAAAAUUACAAUUUUGGCAGAUACAUCAUAUAGAGUAACUACAGAGUGAAUAUACAUAAAGUAAAAUAGAGUAAUACCAAUAAAGGCAUGACAUGAGCAUGUCUCAUAUAAGAAUAAAAAUAUCUAGAUGUAUUAUUCUUUCUCUCUCAUCUUCUGUAUUGAUCACAUUUGUGAAAUGUUAUGGGAUGACUUAAUUCUGCUCUUGAAAUGUUGAUUGUUAAUUUGUGCAGCUCACAUUGUUUUCGAUGGUGAAAAAUAAAACAUAAAAAAGACCAAAAA